AUGGGUGAAUCACUUCUAGGGACUUCACACGCCUGCAGGGAACUAUUUGAGGGCUAUUACUUUUGCCAAGCACAGAGGGAAGAUUUCUUUCAGCGAGCAAAGCCUUAUAAGGAUCACCCCACAAUCCUGAGGAUGCAGGGACUUGCAAAAGCGUUGGGAGUAGUGAUACCAAUUAGCUUCUUCGAGGAAGCAAACAAUGCACAUUACAACUCAAUAGCUGUGAUAGAUGCUGAUGGGACUGAUCUUGGACUUUAUAGAAAGUCCCAUAUCCCUGAUGGACCAGGUUACCAGGAGAAGUUUUACUUCAAUCCAGGUGACACUGGCUUUAAGGUUUUCCAAACUAAAUUUGCAAAUAUUGGAAUUGUCGAAGGCUUGUGCUUCUCAUAUCACUUUACUGGCAAUAAAAUGGACAGGAAGCCUGAAUCAAUCCUUGCAUAUAUUCUGGCAGGUAUUUGCUGGGAUCAGUGGUUUCCUGAGGCAGCCCGAGCUAUGGUUCUUCAAGCCAAAAAGAAGGCCAUGUCUAAUUGUGCUGUAUUUAUGGGCUCCUCGAAAUGGGAAAGUAAAUUGAGUUUCAUUCUUGUGUCUUCGCUUCAGGAACUAUUUGAGGGCUAUUACUUUUGCCAAGCACAGAGGGAAGAUUUCUUUCAGCGAGCAAAGCCUUAUAAGGAUCACCCCACAAUCCUGAGGAUGCAGGGACUUGCAAAAGCGUUGGGAGUAGUGAUACCAAUUAGCUUCUUCGAGGAAGCAAACAAUGCACAUUACAACUCAAUAGCUGUGAUAGAUGCUGAUGGGACUGAUCUUGGACUUUAUAGAAAGUCCCAUAUCCCUGAUGGACCAGGUUACCAGGAGAAGUUUUACUUCAAUCCAGGUGACACUGGCUUUAAGGUUUUCCAAACUAAAUUUGCAAAUAUUGGAAUUGGUAUUUGCUGGGAUCAGUGGUUUCCUGAGGCAGCCCGAGCUAUGGUUCUUCAAGGUGCUGAGAUAUUAUUUUACCCUACGGCUAUUGGUUCUGAACCUCAAGAUGAAGGCCUUGAUUCUCGGGAUCACUGGAAGAGAGUGAUGCAAGGGCAUGCUGGGGCUAAUGUGGUACCUCUAGUAGCCUCAAAUCGGAUAGGAAAGGAGAUAAUCCAGACAGAGCAUGGCAACAGUGCGAUUACAUUCUAUGGCAACUCUUUCAUAGCAGGACCCACUGGAGAAAUUGUCGCAGCUGCUGAUGAUAAAGAGGAAGCUGUUCUUGUAGCAAAAUUUGAUCUUAGUAAAAUCAAAUCCAAGAGAAAUAGUUGGGGAGUAUUUCGAGAUCGGCGUCCAGAUUUAUACAAGGUGCUUUUGACUAUGGAUGGAAGGAAUGCCUCUCUGUGAUUUAUCCUUUUAAUACAUUUUCGUUGAGAUAAGUAAAUGAAUUCACAGUAUGUACUAAUGUUGCAUGAGUAAAAAAUAUUGGUCUUCACAGAUAUUUCACAUAGGCGACCACCAAUAAUUGGAACAAAGCUUUGUUAAAUUGAAUUGUAUAAAUAUUUUCACAUGCAUUUGGGUAUGACGUGUGAGUAAUAAAAAAUGAGUG